AUGGAUGAAAUUAUCAGAACAAAUCAAGAAUUACGCAAACAGUUAGCAGAAGAUGAUCUGAUUAUAUCUGAAUAUAAGACUAGGGUUAGAUCCCUAGAACAAGACCUUGAGUACUGUAAUCGAGAAAUCAAUCUUCUAGGAAAUACAUUAGUGUUAAGGGAGGAUGAAAUCGACACUUUGAAAAAAGAGAAUAGAUCGCUAUCAAUACAGCUCAGGAAAGCUUUGAAAGAUGUUGAGUAUAAGGAAGAAG